AUGCCGCCCAAGGCCGAUAUAAACAGGUCUGGAUCCGAAUCCACCGACUUCCCCUCGGUCUGCGAAAAUUGCCUGCCUGAAAAUCCCUACGUCCAGAUGAUCAAGGAGAACUACGGUGCUGAGUGCAAAAUCUGCACUCGCCCUUUCACCGUAUUCAAAUGGCUUCCUGAUCGCAACAGUCGUUACAAAAAGACAAAUAUUUGCCUAACCUGCGCCAGGUUAAAGAACUGUUGCCAAUGCUGCAUGCUCGACCUUUCGUUUGGCUUGCCCAUCGUUGUCCGCGAUGCCGCUCUCAAGCUUGUCGCCCAAGGGCCCUCUUCCGAAAUUAAUAAGCAGUACUACGCCCAGAACACCGAAAACAAAUUAAUCGAAGGCCAGAUACCCGAGGAAUAUGAAAAAACGGACUCCGCGGCUAGAGACCUUUUGAAACGACUGGCAACCAGUGAACCAUACUACAAACGACCUCGAAGGAAUAGAGAUGAUGGUGGGAUCGCGAAUAAAAUUGGCCCAGGCCCGGUUAGGACGCGGGGGAGCGGUGGUGAUAGAGGUCGGGGGGGCCAUAAAGGUCCGAUUCGAAAUUUCCCAUCGGCAGCUCAGCUACCUCCAGGCCCACAAGAUACCGAGCCCCCUGCCGAUAGGAGCAUCACCUCUCUUUUCCUUCUAGGCGUUGAAGACGAUCUUGCAGAGCACGCUAUCCGCACUUUCUUCUCGGCUUUCGGCCAAAUACGAUCUAUCGUUUGUGUCCACCAUUCUCGAUGUGCGUUCGUAAACUUCCAUACUCGUGCUGGAGCGGAAGCCGCGGCGGAAUCGUGUCAAGGAAAGGCGAUCAUUGCAGGGUGUCCUUUAAGAAUAAUGUGGGGGAAGCCGCGCCCUCUCGGGAGCAUGGACAGGACCCAGAUUAUGGCAAUAGCUAAAGCUAGCCCGAAGGCUUCUAGCUCGAGCGUUGCCAAUAACGGUGAACCCAACAGCGACAGCAAUCCAACUGCCAUGAGUCUCAAUACUACACUGGCACCGCCCGGGUCUGAGGAAAGCGGGUUUUUAUACCCCUCGCAAAGGCCGGAGUAG